CGGCUUUAAAUGUGGGGCGGCGCGGUGGUAGCGGCGCUCUCCGCUAUCCUCCGGCACCGCUAUCGGUAACCCGCAGCCGGCCGCCAUGGUCGAGGCUUUCUGCGCCACUUGGAAGCUGGUGGACAGCCACAACUUCGAUGAGUACAUGAAGGCGCUGGGAGUGGGGUUUGCAACACGGCAGGUGGGGAAUGUGACUAAACCCACUGUGAUUAUCAGCACUGAGGGGGACAAAGUAGUGAUCAGGACUCAAAGCACUUUCAAAAACACAGAAAUCAGCUUUAAACUUGGAGAUGAAUUUGAUGAAACUACCCCCGAUGAUAGAAACUGCAAAUCAGUUGUGACCCUGGAUGGAGACAAGCUAGUGCACAUACAGAAGUGGGAUGGCAAAGAGACAAACUUUGUGAGAGAAAUAAAGGAUGGCAAAAUGGUAAUGACUCUCACCUUUGGUGAUGUGGUUGCUGUUCGCCACUAUGAGAAAGCGUAGACUUUACCUGACCUCUGUCCAGAUGUUACUUCUGCUGGAUGGAUUAAUGUACUGUCCAUAACUGAACGUAGCUAAAAUGAAUGUUUCUGGCAUGAAAGGUUAAUAAAGAGUUUUGGGGGGGGUGGUGGUGGUGUUUUUUAAAAAAAACAACAACACUUUACGCCAUCAAAUUGGCAAGCUUGUGCUGUAUAGUGAAACAGGUUAAACUUGGCAUUAAAUUUCUGAAACAUUUGCCUUUUUUUUUUUUUUACAGUAAAUGGAACAUAUUUGAAUUGUUGUGGAAUGCAGAUUAAACAGAAAUUAAAAAGUUUUUUAAACC